AUGACGUCCCGGAAGACGCAGCAGGAGAUCGACAAGACCUUCAAGAAGGUUGCCGAGGGUAUUCAAACAUUCGAGGGUAUCUAUGAGAAGAUCCGGUCAACAUCAAAUAUCACGCAACGGGAUAAGCUCGAGGAGAACCUGAAACGGGAGAUCAAGAAGCUACAACGAUAUCGUGACCAAAUCAAAUCAUGGGCAUCAGGAAAUGAGGUCAAGGAUAAGGGGCCGCUGCUAGAGCAGCGCAGGGCCAUUGAGACUUGCAUGGAACAGUUCAAGGCGGUCGAGAAGGAGAUGAAGACAAAGGCAUAUUCGAAAGAAGGGUUGUCGGCUGCAUCCAGGUUAGAUCCUAAAGAGAAGGAGAAGGUCGAGACGUGCGACUUCCUAUCAAACAUGGUGGAUGAGCUGCAACAGAAGAUCGAGUCCUUCGAAGCCGAAGAGGAAACGCUGCAUAUGCAAAUGAAGAAGGGCAAGAAGGAUGUGGCCAAGACGAACCGCCUGUCAGACCUUGCACGCUUAACAGAUCGCCAUAAGUGGCAUGUCAAUAAGUUGGAACUGUUGCUACGGUCGCUGCAGAACGGAAACCUCGAAGUCCCUCAGGUGCUGGAUAUCAAGGAAAGCAUUAAGUACUAUGUGGAAGAUGGGCACAACAUUGACUACUCUGGCGAGGAUGAAACCUUGUACGACGACCUGAACCUGGACAACGAGGCAGAGGUGCAGUUCGGCAUGACAGGGGACAACGAUAAGGUAUCCUCGCAAGAUACCCAAUCGAUUCAAGACGAGGAGCCGGAAAUCAAGCCCAAGGUCAACAAGGGGGAGAGCGCAGGACUUCGAAGGCCAUCUGCACAGAUGAAAUCACCUCUACCUGUGUUAGCAACACUUCAUCCGUCGACCUCCACGACUGCCGCCUCAGGCAUGAAACCCGCACCACCGCCUACCCGCCUCCCCGGAGAAACACUCAAGUACGCAUCCGCUGCCGCUGCAGCUGCAGCAAGUGACAAGAACGGGGUGGGCAUUGCACCACUUCCGCCACCUCCAGGCGCAAGCCCCGCUUUCCCGCACGCUGUGCCUGCAAACAAAGCUUCAGCCACUGCUUCGCCGAGCGUUGCAUCGGUACAACCUACUUCAUCCAAGCCCGCACCGGUCCUCACGAUAGCGGCGGAGGACAUCACCGGUGCACGAUCAAAAACACCUUCCGUCAGCCCCAACGUGGCUGCUGCGAACACAUCGUCACAAACAAUGGAGAAAGCGGAGGCCCCAGCAGCUGCCAAGGAGCAGCCCGCGCCGAACGGUGAGGCGACGAGUAAGCAAGAGGAGCAGGAGAGCGAGGAAUCGAUCUUCCACCUGCCUCCCGGCCUGCAGGAUCUUAUUCAGUCGUUCGAGGUCACGAGGUCCCGGGCGUCAGCAAGCGCAGCCAACGCGUCCCCGUCAGUGCAGCGCAUGCUUGCAACAUCCCUCGCGAACUGCCCGGAACCUGCCGAUGCGGAGAAGCCUCGCCAUUACAAGCCUCAGAACCCUUACAAUACGCCUCUAUACUAUCCUCAGGAACCGCUCACUAUCUUUGAUGAUCCGCGCUUGUACGAAACCGGGCGCAUCGACACGGAUACACUGUUCUACCUGUUCUACUACCGACAAGGCAGUUACCAGCAGUAUCUCGCGGCCAAGGCAUUGAAGAACCAAAGCUGGCGUUUCCACAAGCAAUACCAAACCUGGUUCCAACGUCACGAGGAGCCGAAGACGAUCACGGAGGAGUUCGAGCAGGGCACAUAUCGCUUCUUCGAUUAUGAAAGUACAUGGUAA